UAUCGCACACGCGGUUUUUUCUUCCGCCAGCCACAAUAUGGCUACUGCUACACCUACUAUGACGUCGCCACAUCGCGCCACGAGAGGCGCAAGAUGGCCGCGCUCAUGAGAAGUGUGCUGGUGUUGGGCUGCAGCAGGCUGACAGCGGCGCACCUGCCGGCCAGUGUCCAGGUGAAGCGGAACGUGCGGGCGCUGCGCAGGACACCGGUGCGGAUCAUUCCCCCGGGCGGCGAGCUGCGGGGUGAGGAGCGGAGGGGAAAGGAUACGGGGCAGCAGUCGCCGGCCCGACCAUCCCCCGCAGGCACUGUACAGCAGCCCGCCCGCCAGACACUGAGCCAGAGGCCGGACGUACAGCAGGAUGCCUCGGAGGAGCGACUGUUCCAGGAGCUGAAGUAUGACAGAGCUGCUAGUGGGGAUCGGAGGCUCAGUAAAGUAGUUACAAUUGCAAAGUCCAAAAGUUUUCGGGACCGCCAUGGUCAGGUUUUGCUGGAGGGUCACAGGCUGCUGGUGGAUGCACUGGAAGCUGGUGCAGUUAUGCAGACACUCUUCUUUAGCAGGCUUGAUCAGCUAAAAGUUUUGCCUGCAGAAAAACUUAGGAAAGCAAACCUCAUCAAGGUCAAAUUUGAAGAUAUUAAGAUGUGGUCUGAUGUUGUUACCCCACAAGGACUAAUGGGAAUUUUUAGAAGACCUGAUCACGUAAAGAUGAAAUAUCCUGAAACACAACUGAAGAACACAAUCCCACUAUCGCUCAUCUGUGACAACAUUCGGGAUCCUGGAAACCUGGGCACCAUACUGAGGUGUGCAGCUGGUGCUGGCUGUAACAAAGUCUUGCUCACAAAAGGCUGUGUGGACGCAUGGGAACCUAAAGUCAUCAGAGCUGGCAUGGGGGCUCACUUCCGCUUGCCAAUAAUCACCAGCUUAGAAUGGGAUACUAUCUCAAACUAUCUCUCUGAAGAUAUCAAAGUGUUUGUGGCAGACACAUUCUGGCAGCAUAUCUCUAAUCAGACUGAAUGUCCCUCUGUAAAAGCAGAGUGUACAUCUGAAAAAGCUAUUGACUAUGGAUGGAUUUCCACUGAUCCUAGAAGAUUACAGCAACUUAAAGAUGAUGAUUAUUACACCUCAGAUGAGGAAGAUAGACAGGAUGAGAAAGCACUGGAGAUGCCCAGAGUACCCAUCCAAAGUUAUCAUGAACAAUGGGCAAGGGGCCCAAGUGCAAUUGUGAUUGGAGGGGAGACGCAUGGCUUGAGUGUGGAGUCCCUGCAGCUGGCUGAGGUAUCAGGUGGCAGGAGACUGUACAUUCCUGUUGUGCCAGAUGUAGAAAGUUUAAAUUCAGCCAUGGCAGCAAGUAUUCUCUUGUUUGAAGGAAAAAGACAGUUACAGCUGAGAAGUCCGUAAAUACAGUUCUGUUCUGCACUGCACACAUCUAAAGAGUCUACAUCUUGAGAGGUCUGGCAUGCCAAGCUCACAUCUUUCUGAUAUGAUAUUGUUCAUAAACCAUAAAAGCCUGUACCCCUUGUAAAGAUGGUACAAGCAGUCUGAUUAUUAUUCCUUGGCUAUGGAUGAAAAUCUGGGACUCCUGGAAUGAGGCUAGGGACUAUUGCAUGUUGGGGGAAAAAUGGCAAAUGUUUCCUUAUACAAUGCACAAGAGUUAUUCCAAUGCAAAUAUCAGUCCUGGUGGCGAAGAAGCAAAAAAAAAAAAAAAAAAAGAUGAUAAAACUGGUGUGGCCCAUGACCUAUAUUUUCCAGGGAGCUAAUAUGUGAAGGGACAUUUUAAGCCUUCUGGUGCCUUCAAAUUGUAGAUCAAUAUAAAAUAUGGUCUCAUAAAAUAAAUACUUCUAUAAUAAAGUUUUCUUAUUAUAUUUGAAAUUUUACCUUUGUGACAAAUUGG